AGGAGACUAAUAAAACUUUAUUUACACUCCUGAAACAUGAGAUACAGAAUUUCUUCCUCCAUUUUACAGAAUACACAAAUUCUAUACAUCACUCAGCUAUAGCUGAAAGUCUCAACUCAAAACAUGCGCGUCACUACAGCCUCGGUAUAGACGGGACAGACUGGUGGGUGUAUCGAGGAAGCUGAAGGUAAUCGCAUUUGCUUCUUGUCAGACGUGUGGAAUAAACAUUUUAUUCGGCAUCUCCUUCCAUUUAAAUUUACAAGGGCGCUUUAGAAUAUAGUUGGGCAUGGAACUAGCAGCAAGACACCAUGUUUUCUAUGGAAUUUCCGUAGUUAUUCAGAUUACAUUUGCCAUACAGGAACUUUCAACAAAUGGGGUCUCCUACUUUGAUUUUGAGAGGCUCUCCAAGCAAGAGAGUGUUGAUGUAUACUUCAAGCUUGUCCAUAAAAGAUGGAGGAGAUGGCUGUUCUCAUCUACACCAGAGGACCAAAUCAGUCAGAAGAACCAGGAUCUGGAACGGUAUGAAGUGAAGAGCAGAUUGGAUUCAGGGCGCUUUCCAGAAGUUGUGACUAAUAAAAAUCAUGACAACUCAUCCAUUGAGAGAGAUAUGGAUCAUAUCUACUACACAUCCAAACUCUAUGGGCCCACACACAGUGCAAGCAAGGAUUUGUGGGUCAAUCUUGAGCAAAUGGACAUGGGAAAAGUUCAUGGAAUUCUCUCCAACACGCAUCAACAAACUUCGAGAUUGAAUCUGUCUUUCGAUUUCCCUUUCUAUGGACAUCUAUUAAGGGAAAUACAUGUAGCUACGGGAGGUUUCAUCUACACUGGAGAUGUAAUCCACAAAAUGCUCACAGCGACUCAGUACAUUGCUCCUCUCAUGGCUAAUUUUGAUCUCAGCAUCUCAAAAGAUUCAUCGGUCAUUUACUGUGAUAAUGGUACAGCUCUUGUUGUGCAGUGGGACCAAGUUUAUCUCCAGGAUGCUUCUCAUUUGGGCAGUUUUACCUUCCAGACAAUUUUGCACAAUGAUGGCAGAAUCAUAUUUGCAUAUAAAAAGAUUCCCAUUGACAUUAGUAAGAUUAGCCCAGUGAAUCAUCCUGUAAAAGUUGGGCUCUCUGAUGCUUUUGUGGUUCUUCAUAAGAUUGACCAGCUUCCCAAUGUUCGACGAAGAACAAUAUAUGAAUACCAUCGUGUAGAGCUCUUAAAAUCCAAGAUCACCAACUCCACUGCUGUCAAGAUGCUUCCUCUGCCAACCUGCCUCCAGUUCUCCAGCUGUGAGAUGUGUGUUACAGCUUAUAUUGGCUUCAACUGUAGCUGGUGCAAUCGCCUACAAAGAUGUUCCAGUGGAUUUGACCAGUACCGUCAGGACUGGGUUGAUAGUGGGUGUCUAAAUGAGAUAAAGAACCAGAGCUGUGGUCAACAUCUAGACAGAAAACAACCUCUCAUUAAAACCAGCACUCCAGCAACACAGACAGGAACAAAAACAACACAACUGAUCAGAAUUUCCACAACCACAACAACAUCAACCACAUCAAUUGGAGGCUUCUCACUUACCACCAAAAUAACCAGCACACCCUUAUUCUUAAGAAACCCGCCAACCACCAUCCUCACUAAUGUGUCUAAGAUUGGCAGUACAGAGAAACAGACUGAGGAGCAGAUGCAGACUGGUCUGUUCAUUAGCAUCCUGGUCGUCAUGAUCCUUAUGGUGGCAGCUGUGUUGGUAUCUAUAUACAUGUACUACCAUCCCACCUCCAGUGCUAGUCUCUUCUUAAUAGAGAGAAGGCCAACAAACUGGCCAGCCAUGAAAUUUCGGAGGGGUUCAGGACACCCGUCAUAUGCAGAGGUUGAGGCCAUGGGGAAGGACAAAGAAUGAUUCAUCAUGAUGGAACCUAAAGACAGUUUUAUGGUAUCAGACAGGAGAAAGAGCUCAUUCCUAACUGACCAGAGAGAAGGAUUUAUUGUGGCUGACCAAAGAGAACGCUUCCUCAUCAUGGAACGCUGCUGACAUGAAUCCCAUACUUUUUGAGAGGGAGUUGCACUGGGUACUGGAAUGUAUGUGGUAUGUGACUAUGUAAUAUGAAAUGCAAACACUGCACAGUACUUGACGUAUUGCAGCCUCAAACCAUCUGCAGUGUAAACAGUGUCUCUAGGGUAUGGGACAUUGUUCCUUGUUCCCCCAGUCAAAGCCCCUAUUCAGAACACAUGGGGCUUUUAAGCUAAGCUCUGUAACUUUUUUGUUUGUAUCAUCUUAAAUUUACACCAACACUUGGUUUGGAUGCAGCAUCAUUCAAAUUAAAAAAUUUUCAGUUUCAGAUGCUAUUGUAGAAAUGUACUUUUCGCAGUCAGGCAUGAUUACUUUAAUCCAUGAGUGAAAGUGUCAAACAACAGUGUGAGUACUGAGAUUAAGCGAGUAGUAUUCGGACAUGCAAUUCUAACAUGGCAGCCCCUGUGAGGGGACCCUCCCCAUGUAGAUUAAAACUGCUUUUAUAAGGUUACUGAUAUGACUAGAGUCUUCAUUUUAAUGUGAGUGGUUAUGAUUUAUAUAUUUCAAAGUUACAAUUUAUUUCUUUAGGAGUAAAUCUUUUUUAAUGAGGAAAACAUUACUGAGUGCACUACACUGGGAACAGUGAAGCAGAGAAGCUGAAAGGAUAUAUUUUGCAGCAUAAGUUAUAUCUUGUGUACUCUUUUUUAACUGAUUAAUAAAUUAAUAAAUCUAAAUUUAUGUAAAUAAGCCUGUUGUGGCUGAGGCACAGCUACAGUAUAAAAAAUUAUCUUUAGAGAAUCUUCUCUUAUAAAGAAGAUACUUUAGUGAUUGUUUGAAAAGUUCUUAAAUUAAAUCUUUUUUGUAAUUAGAAUUUGUAUUAAUUUGUUUUAAUAAGUUGAUUACAUUUUCUGUCCUACAACAAGAAAAACAACAGUGUUUAUAUUUCCAAUUAACUGUACACUGGAGUGGUGGUGGUGUAGUGGGCUAAAGCACAUAACUGUUAAUCAGAAGGUCGCUGGUUCGAUCCCCACAGCCACCACCAUUGUGUCCUUGAGCAAGGCACUUAACUCCAGGUUGCUCCGGGGGGAUUGUCCCUGUAAUAAGUGCUCUGUAAGACGCUUUGGAUAAAAGCGUCUGCCAAAUGCAUAAAUGUAAA